CAUUUGCAUAAAGAUGACGUAUCCUAAAAAGUUUGCAUCUACACUCACUCUUUGACGCAGGGAUAAAAAACCAAAAGCCUUCAAGAAACCAAAAGUUUGGCUACAGGAGGCAAGACGACGGAAAAUACCAUUCGCUAUAGUGUCUCAUUCUGUACGGGAAGCUAACUGGAUGCAAGUUUUGUCUUUUGUUACCCUUAGUUGUUACUUGGGAAGCCAUUUAAGGGUGCUCAAGCAGUUAGCUGGCCUCAAACAAGUUUAGUACGCGUUCGUGAUCUCAGAGGCGUCGAAGAACAUUUAAGUUAUUUCAGAAAAAAAAGACUAAAAGAACUAAUAAUCGUCGGUUACAAUACUAUCAAGGCACCAGUUAUCUUGGUUUAUUGGUGGUAGUUGCACUAAAACACGGUAUAAAAUGCAUGUUUUGUUGGUCUGUUUUGGGCUUGGAGUUGCUUUAGGGGGUGCGAUGGCGGAAAGAAAACAUUUACAAGCUCAAAGUGGACAAGUCUCGCUCAGAGAUAACUUUAACGUUAGUUGGAGUCUAAACUUUACGAAGAAGACGAUCGAGUUUGUUAUCAGCGCUGAACUCGAUUACAAAACAGGUUGGAUAAUGGUCGGAUUAAUGCCGAAAAAGAACUCUGCCAAACCACGAAAAAUGAUGCAAGCCAGAGGCGAUGCCUUUCUGCUGUGGGCGUCAAAAGCAUCUUCAAAGAAAGUGCAUUGGCAAAUAACGAAUUGCCACACAUCAAAAGGGAAUUUGACCAUACAGCGCAAGCCAUUGUACAGCCUGAAUGGCAUCAAGAUGUCAAAAGUGUUCAAAGCAGUCGUAUCACGACCCUUCCCAUCUGCAGACAAGAUGACCCCAAAACACAAGCAUACAAUGCCAUGCCACUCCAUGUAUAUCUUUGGAUCCAUGGGGAUGCAAAAAAAGGCCAACAUAAAGUGGAAUAAGUUUCUCGAGGAAACCAGAUCUGAUUGGGAUGAUGCGUUCAAUGCUGUCCCUGUGGACUUUAAGGAAGAGGGGCAAACAGCUGGAAAGACAGAGGAUACAACAGAAUACGUCGUUGAGAUGGCAAGAAAGCACUGGCUGGGUGUGGUUAUUGGUACUGCUGCUUGCCUGACGGUGGUCAUUACAGGCGCUGUAUAUUGCUGUACCAAGAAGAAAAGCUAUCAAGACUUGUACACAAGAAGGAAGGUCACUUAUCCAUUCUAUAAAGGUGAUGACACUGAUGACGAUGAAGCCAAAGUUUCCUUCCUCUCAUCUGAGCACACAUAGAUAGAGAACCUGCAGCUACUCCUGUAACAAAGUUUACUAAAAUUAUAGACAAUGUUUCCUUGUUAAAAAUGUACAUUCACAUAUUGCAUACUAUAAAAAAUAAGCAACAAUGAGUUGUGUUGAAGAAUGCUAUACAAGAAAAUCAAUCAUGUUGAACAGUUCUGCAAGUAUGGCACAAGAUGAGUAGGUUAGAGUAUAGAGUAUAAUAUAAAGGAAGCCUUUUUGAGGGGCUUGACCCAGGAGUUUUUAAGAUAAAGCACUUUGCUCUCCCAAAAGGCUUAAUUCUACAUGUUUAACAGAUAUAAAAAAAAAAAAGAAAAAUAACAUUUGUAAGCAGCUUAGUAAUAUUUGCAGACAGAAUUGUAGUAAAUAAUAGUACCUCAUUCACAGGUAAAUGGCAGACAACAUUGUAAGAUAUUUCAUAAAUGUUUUGUACAUUUUUAAUGAUAGAUACCAUUUAUUCUUUUGUAGAAUAGCCUGUCUAAAUGGUGCUUCCUUCAAUAACUGUAGUACAGCAUGCAGGCUGUUAUAACAUAUUGAAUUGAUAAUAAACUUUUUUAUGUAAGAA